AUGACAAGAAUCUCUGAUCUUUCACAAGAUUUGAUAGAGGAGAUACUCUCUAGGCUACCGUUAACAUCUCAGCGAGCGGCUAGUUCCACUUGCAAACAAUGGAACGAUUUAUAUAAAGACGAAAGUUGUACAAAGAAGCACCGUGGUAAAGCAGCUAACGAUACCAUGAUGAUCAGGGUGUGUAAUUCUAGGGCUUGUUUAGUGAGCGUCGAUCUCCAGGGAGCCCGUAUGGUGAAGUCUGAUUCCGUGGUAUGGAACCCGUAUUUGGGACAAGCCAGGUGGAUCAAACCCAGCAAAUUUUUCUCAAAGUUCGAUAGGUAUUGUCUCGGAUACGACAACAAGAACAACCACAAAAUCUUGAGUGAGAGAUUUAGACAUUGCCUUGAUCUGGAAUCUAACUACGGUAAUGGAGAAACUGUGAUUCUAUCUGCUGUUAAAGAAGAACAGCUUGCAGUGUUAAUUUACCGCGUGGAUACAAAUGCGAUUGAGAUACGGAUUACAAGAAAGAUUGAGGCCAAUGAGGUGUCGUGGAGAAAUUUCUUAAAAGUUGAUAUGAAGCCGUUCAUGCUCAGGGGAAUGUUCUCGAUGUCUCCUCCGUGUAGGAGUUUCUUCGUCGACGAGAAAAAGAAAUUGGCAUUGAUUUGUGAUAAUCACUUCAGCAGAGCUUACAUGAUUGGAGAGGAUAAUUACUUCAAAAUAGUUGCUCAAGGAAAAACUACACAUUGGCCGGUUGUGUGUUCUUAUGUUCCGAGUUUGGUGCAGAUUCCGAAAGGUCCAGUACAUGCACGAGGCAAAAGGAAAGUACGGGAUUAUUAG